CCAUGCUGCGCUCGGCGCCGCCGGGCCGCUACCUGUACCCCGAGGUGAGCCCGCUGUCGGAGGACGAGGACCGCGGCAGCGAGAGCUCGGGCUCGGACGAGAAGCCCUGCCGCGUGCACGCGGCGCGCUGCGGCCUGCAGGGCGCCCGGAGGCGCGCGGGGGCCCGGCGGGCGGGCGCGGGGCCCGGGCCGGCGGCGCGGGCGGGCCGCGAGCCGCGGCAGCGGCACACGGCGAACGCGCGCGAGCGGGACCGCACCAACAGCGUGAACACGGCCUUCACGGCGCUGCGCACGCUCAUCCCCACCGAGCCCGCCGACAGGAAGCUCUCCAAGAUCGAGACGCUGCGCCUGGCCUCCAGCUACAUCUCGCACCUGGGCAACGUGCUGCUGGUGGGCGAGCGCGGCGACGGGCAGCCCUGCCUGGCCGGGCCCGCCUUCUUCCGCGCGCGCGCGGGCAGCCCCCCGCCGCCGGCGCCGGCGCGGGACGGCGGCGAGAACGCCCAGCCCAAGCAGAUCUGCACCUUCUGCCUCAGCAACCAGAGGAAGCUGAGUAAAGACCGAGACAGAAAGACGGCAAUCCGAAGUUAGGAGGAUGGCCCGCGGCCACAAGAGGUGGACGCCAGAGAGCCCACCUCAGAGCGGACCAACCAGGCCGGCCCCACGCGGGCUGCGAACAGGACCGAUGGACAGGCAGACAGACAGAUGGGCAGUGACUUGACUGAGUAGCCCAGCCCCACUGGAACUUUCCAUGCUGGCUCUCGACCUGGGCCAACUGUUGGCAUCUUGCAUCUCUGAUAUGAUAAUAUAAAGUCUGGAAGUUUUGUAAUAAUUAAAAACGAAGCAGUAUCUUCCAAGUGUGGAGGCAGACUGUCCUCUGGAAGGAUCUGAACCCCCAUGGCUGCCCUAGGCCAAGCCUCGGAGCCCAUCUUGCCCGCCUGGCCUGCCUGGGGCAUCUCCCUUCCAGGGGCCGAGGCAGGCGCGCCUGAAUACCUGACAGCGGCUGGGACCUGCGGGGCAGGGCGGGAUGGAGGGAAGGCAGGGCAGAAGCAGGCCCCGCACCCCGAGGAGGACACAGCCAGGCACCAGUGUGCGGGUUCUAAGCGGACACAGGGUUGGACAGGCAGCAGUGCUGUCCAGCAGAGCGAGUUACCAAACUGGGGGCUGAGGCUGGGUCUGAGA